AUGUUCGCAGCAGGUGGUGUUGAGCUGCAAGCUGGGUCCGUAGAUAUUACCGGCGAUUUCAGCAAAGUUGGCGCAAUUAACAGUGAAGAUGUCAUCGAUAUAUCGAAAGAAAUGAAGACGAGUACGGGAAUUCUUACGAUGAAACCGUGGACAGACUGGAGUAAAAAAACAAACUUUAUCAAUACUGGUACAAGUUUACACGUGAUUCGGUGGGCGGCGGGAUUAAAUCGAGCGCUUGCAGCGACAACCGCUACGGACAAGGUGCCGAUAAAUGGAAUGCAGCGAGACAUUGCUGCAAUGGACCGCUGGACGCGAAACGCGGAGCACACUGACUGCCAACGAUCCUGA